UGUCUCGGCUGCAGAUAAUCAAAACCGAAACAAUCUAAUCCAGUCUUCCCUUUCUCUCUCCUCUCACUCCCCAGUAAAAGCACCGAAGCGCAGAAGCCAUGAAAGCCACUCUCUUUCUCUUCACAACACCACCGCCACUUCUCUCUCCAAAGCUCCCCACCCUAUCCCCAACAUUUUCACCACACCUAGUCCCUACCCGCACCUCCAUUUCCCUCAAGGCCAAGCUCAAUUUCAGUCUCUCUCCGAGGCUCGACUUCAGAGUCCGGGCUGACGACGGUGACGCCGACGGGGGUGCUCCGGAUGACUACGACAUGGACGAAGAUGAGGUAGAGGAGGUCGACAACAAGAAAGACUAUGACGUCGAGUACGACCCCCUCGCUGAUACUGCCUUCUCCGCCGUCCGCGGCGGUGAUGAUGUGGAUGAUAUUGCCAUGGUUUAUAGCAAAAGCUUCGUGUCCACUCAGGGUUGGGACUCUGAAAUGGUAGUUGAUUAUCGAAUCAAUGAAGAUGAGUUUCACAAGAUCAGCUUGCUUGAUUGCGAUUUCUUUAUCAGGAAACCUCCUGAUCCUGACAACGAUGUCUACGAUUUCAGAGAGAUGUAUGUUACUCCUCCAGAUACAGAUAUUUAUGCAAUCCCGAAGGUCCUUGCGCCGAUGCCUCAGAAGUAUAUACGAUGUGCAAAGAGUGAUUAUGGAUGCUACAAUGUUACAGAGCCACCAAUUGAUGCUCCUAGGGAUCCCAUGUAUAAAUCUGAGAGAGAAAUUUUGAAGAUAUUCUUGACAAAGCACUAUAGGAAUCGAAGGUUGGGGGAUCUGGAGUUUGUGUUGGAUUUUGAGGAGAUCUAUGUUAUUGAUUCAAAAUCUAAGUCUAUUACCAGAGCAAAAGUUGUGGUCACAGUUCCAGAAGGCCGAAAUAGGGAUAGAAAGAAUGACUUGCUGGUUAUACGUGAUAAUGGAAACUCCUUCAAAAUAAUUCCUCCGAGUGAAAGAGAGGAUGCUACCACUGUGAUAGAGAAAGAAGAGUGGAAUAAAACUAGACAAGACAUGGAAAGACACCUUAGAAAGCUCCGGGACUUCAACGUUUCAAAUUGGUUCUAAUCAGCUGCACUUUGAUUUUGAAAUUUAGUGCUGGAAGAUGAUUGGUUCAGCACCUGUGCAAAUCUUCUCAGCUUCAGCAUAUAUAUUUGCAACCAGGUAUUAUACCUUCGGCUUUUUUUGCAAGCUUUUGGAAGUUCUUCGCCCUGAGGUUGUCUGUAUAACAGUGUGGUUGAUAAAAAUUACCCUAUGAACGAGCUCUAAGAGAAGUUAUUAUUGAUGUCAAGCUUGUGAAGCUUAUGAGAUAUUUAUACCAUAUGGCGAUAUUGUGGGAAAAGCAUGAUGGUAUUAGAGGGUUUUGUCUGGAGAAUGAGCCUAAUUUCUUUUCUUUGUGCCACAUUUUGUAGAUUUGUGAUAACACUAAUUAACCUGAACUCAUUGGGUUUGAUCUUCCAUUUUUUUUUUUAAUGCAAAAUUUAUUACCAUUUGUGUGCGGCUGUGUAUGUGUGCAGUUGGUGCAUGUGUUGAUGUCUAAUUUAGACAACCU